CAUUUUCCGUACUCACAUGAUUGGUAUUUUAUAGCUUUUGAGGACUAAUUCUAUUAAACUAGCAAUAUAGCGACACGUCAGUUGCCAAGCGCAGUUUCAUUGGUUCGAUGUAUCAAGGUUUACCUUGAGUAUAUAAAAUGUUUGAAUGGAUAGUGGUGGCAACAGAAACAGAAGACAGUUUUACGUGGAACAGAAGACAGUUUACGUGGACACAAUGCAACAGCAAUACUUAGACAGUGUUAGUAGUAUGGAGAUGGAAGCUAUACUGAAGACUGCCAAUCCCAGCCCCUAUCUCCGUGAAUUGGUAGAAAAUACGGAAAUCGGAAGACCUAACGAAACCGACCGCACAGAUUCAUCAUCAUACCUGAUGGACUCUGAUGACGCAAUGGGUCUACCCGAUCUUGAAGAAAUCUUUGGUCUAACCAGCAACCCCAAGACGACUGCUGGUGCACCAGGUGAGGGCGUUUCAGGUCUGGUCGCAGACCCUAUUUCACUAACCAAUGCGUUUGACCAACAGUUCGUAUCAUCCUUUUUCUCUGCUCCGUCUGCUUCGUGUCCCACGCCAGACGAUAUCGUGGUUUCAAAUGCAGACGACUCCACAGACUUGGUCUUCAGCGACAUAGUCCUGGAACCAAUUUCAGACACGGCUAAUAUUCCGGAGACCGUGAGAGAGCUCUUUGAGCAGGGAUUGGCCAAUUCUAGUGAGGGUCCACUGGCGCAGAAGCCGACGACCACCACUAUCACCACCACCAGUCUUGCAGACGGUCAGUUUGGCCAGCAGACGACAGGGGACUUCAGUGUUCAGGGUUUGGGAGAUUCUUGGGAAGCAGCCACCUCUGUGGUGUCAGUGGAAUCCCCCGUAAAGCAGAAGCUGAGAAACACCAUCCAGCAAAAACAUGGGGACAGGCCUCUUCCAGCUGUGGACUUCACGCCCAAGCCACAAUCAGAGCUGUCGCAAGAAGAGAGAGAGAAGGUUGAAAGAAGAAAGCAGAAGAAUCGAGACUCUGCAGCCAAGAGUAGAACCAACCAGAAGAAGAAACAGAAGUAUCUAGAAAAGAGAAUUCUGGAAUUAGAAGAUCAAAAUGAGAUGCUUUCAGCGGAGAUUAAAGUCCUGAGUAUGAGGAAACAAACAACCGCUCAAGUACUGCAUCAUCAUAAAUGCAAGUGCAAAUCACGUACACAGAUAAACAAGAAGAAACUUGCGAUGGCGUUGGCUGCGUUUCUGAGCCAGAUAGUCGAAGAAGGAUGACAUCGAGAUUUCGUUCUACACUAACCAAGAAGCAAACGGCAAACCAGUCGCUUCUAAAAUUAAGGCCACAUAUGAGCUAGUCCGGUUUUCUUGGACGAGUUCAGGGUGGUAUAGGCGAGUUAAAACAAAACUAUGUAUAUGGGCACUUUACUCUUGCACUGGUCAGGGUGUGUUCUCUAUAAUGUUUAAUACCGUGUAAGCGAUGCGUAUACUUUCGAAAUAACGCUAGUAGUGUCGUCUGAACGAAACACCAAUAAACACUCCUAUCAUAAUGGACAGUCAUUACUGUAAUCAUCAUCUUUAUUUACGAUGGUUACUGUUAUUAACUGACUGUGGUUAUUGUCAACUGAUAAACUUUGGUCCUGGGUGUGGUGGUGUUGGGGGUUGGGAUUUUUUUUGGGGGGGGGGAUUGCAUCUUCUUCUUUUUUUCUUUUUUUUGGGGGAGUGUGUGUGUGUUUGUUUGGGGGGUUUGUGGUGGGUUGGUUUGUUUGGGGGUGUUUUGUGCUUAUUUUGUUUUGUUUUUGGGGGUAUUUGUUUUUUGUUUUUUGUCCUUACCAACUCUGGUAAUAUUUCCUCCUAUUGAGCAUGGUAUUGUUCUUUAGGUCUCACUACACAGAUGCCAUCUGCCAUUGAAACCCAUGUUAAAUUGCCCAACUACAAACGAAGAUUGCCAAUAGAUCGGGUUCUCGUUAGCGCUAACAACAUACACCAUUGCGAACAUA